UCAUAUUUUAAACACACUAAUUGCACAUAUUCUGCAAACAGAUGUUCUCAUCUAAAUGAACCAUGGUUCAAAGCCAUAUAUCCUAUCUGGACUGGUUCUUCAGAAAUGACACUGGCCGUGGUCAAGUGUGAAAGCACAGACAGCAAAAAAGCUGUUUGUUGAGCAACAAAGACGAACUUAAACUCGUGUCUAAAAAGAGUUCUGACAACAGUGAUGGACGAGUAUGAAUACAAAAUGUAAAUUUACCCUUGAAUGUAAAUUGGAAAAGCGAUCAUAGAAACAACUAUGAGAAGGCUCUACGUAGAGAAUUUGAAUGACUCAUGCUGUAAAUAUGUUUUCUGUUACACAGGAGCCAUCAACACCACUACUGCACAGACUAGAACUCAACCGCAAUCUACCCUGACCACAGCUGCAGCAGCAACGGACUCCCUGAAGGCGGUCGAUCCCGGCCUGCAAGCUGCAGUUGCAGGCUGCAUCGUGCUCACGGUGGCUCUUAUCUUGGUGCUGGCCUCCAAUGUCAUACUCUGUAGGCAGCAGAAGAAGAGCGCUGCGUCUGUGAUUUAUCAAACAUACGAUGGUUCCACCUCUGCCAUCAUGAGGGAACGGAGCGAGCAGGAGGAACCUGAUCUCAACCUGCUCCGAGUCACAACAGAAGUCACCCCAAGUCAAGCUCCAAGGGUUCCCGCCCGUCCACCGUCAACCAGCUCCACCAGCUCAUGUGACUCAGGGGACCUGAAUUACUACAUACAGCCUAUUGCUGAGGUGCCAAGCUUUCAUGCUCCCAAGGCUCCACCCAGCCCUGGCCCGGUGUCAGAGGGAGUAAUCAAUGGGAAUAAUAAAUCAGGAAGAGACUCGGAUUCUGAGAGUGGAAAUGAUUAUGAAAAUACUGGCAGUCACAUUGACCAUCUUUUGAAGUCAGCGAAUAUUUACACACCGGGCGAAUCACAGAACCCCAUAUCUGUCCACGACCCAAACAACUUGCAGAGGGCACCAAGCAUUGGGUCUUGCAGCACAUCCUCUGGAGAGGACUAUCAAAACACGGCCUUUAACAGAGAGAAUCCACAAAAUCCAGAUGGAGCAAGUCAAUCAAACUCUGAAAAGUUCAAGUUAGCACCUCUACCUACAAGAGAAAACCACGGUGGCUUCAAUCACUACAACAGGAGCUACCUCCCUGCAAGCAACUGUGAUCAAGAUGAUUCCAGUAGCACAUCUUCGGGGGAAGACUAUGAAAAUGUACCGGUGAUGCGCAAGGCGCCACUCGAGGACCCAGAAGAUCAGUCAUCAUCAGACAGUGAUUAUGAUGACGUGCCCUAUGAUGCCACCAGCUGAUUAUGGACAUUGACAUAUACGGAAUAUGAUAUAUUGCCUUGGGCUUUUGUGAACUAUUGAGCAGCUGCAACAAAAUGGCAGACAGGCGACGGCAGGGUUCCUCAGGUAGUGAUA